CAGCCAUGGUUUGGGCUUCAGAUACCGAUGUACCGUGCAGACCUAUGGGAGCGCAGGGAAGGCACAAGGGGGAGGGCGGAAUAUCUGAGGCGGACUUGACUCCAUUUGUAACGAAGGAUCUGAUGAGCGGGGUUCAGAUCAGGGCUGCCUCUGCGUCCGCGAGGGCAGCAGGGAGAGGGGAUAAAUGAGGCGGAAAUCAGGGCCGCUUUGAACGGAUCUCAGCCUGCACUGUAGCCGGCGGUGACGGGAGGCAGCGGAGCGGACGAGCCGCGGUCUGCGCGCAGGGGAGACGGACAACGCAGCGAGAAGCAACCCGUUGAUAUUUCAAAGCUGCUCAGGGAACAUGGUGGAUUUUUGAGAACCCACACGUCAACAUUUGAACAGUUGGGUUUGUUUGUUUGUUUUUUGUUGUUGUUGUUGUUGUUUUUUUUUUUUUUUUUUUAAAUAAUUCAAGGGAAAUCAAAGCAAGGGCUGCAGAGUGCACAGGAGCAGGAUGACCGUGUUUUCUGCAGGGAGAGCAGCGCAGUGCGUUUGAGUGGGACAUGGCAAACGGAGGGGACCAGUUCGGCCUUGCAGAGCGUCCGGACUCGGACUGCAUGGAUUCCCCAAAAGAAACCAAACAGGAAAAUCCCAGCUACACCUCAAACUCUCCAGCUUCACCGCAGACAGCGUCCGGCCAGCAGGGGAUGGAGGGAAUCAAAGUUUUCCUUCAUGACAGGGAACUCUGGACGAAGUUUGAUGAAGUGGGAACUGAAAUGAUCAUCACAAAGGCUGGAAGGAGGAUGUUCCCCAGUUACAAGGUGAAGGUCACAGGCCUCAACCCAAAAACCAAGUACAUACUCCUCAUGGACAUUGUCCCCGGGGAUGACCAUCGCUACAAGUUUGCAGACAACAAAUGGUCGAUAACGGGAAAGGCAGAGCCCGCGAUGCCGGGGAGGCUUUACGUCCACCCGGACUCUCCCGCCACCGGGGCGCACUGGAGCCGCCAGCUCGUCUCUUUUCAGAAGCUUAAGCUCACCAACAACCACCUGGACCCCUUUGGACAUAUAAUACUCAACUCCAUGCACAAAUACCAGCCACGUCUCCAUAUUGUCAAGGCGGAUGAGAACAAUGGCUUUGGCUCAAAGAACACGGCUUUCUGCACCCACGUCUUCUCUGAGACUGCCUUCAUCGCCGUGACGUCCUACCAGAACCACAAGAUUACGCAGCUGAAGAUCGAGAAUAAUCCUUUUGCUAAGGGCUUCAGAGGCAGUGACGACAAUGAGCUGCACCGCAUGGCCAAGCUACAAGGCAAGGACUACCCAGUGGUCCCCCGCAGUACUGUCCGUCAGAGAGCCUGCUCCACUGGGAGUCCUUUCAGCGGGGAGGGUCGCGGUCUGAGGGGUUCCCCUGAGGCUGUCGGAUCCCCCUACAGCUGUGAGAACGGCUUGAACAGCAGCAGUCCCCAGGAGCUGCUGAGCGCUCCCCCUACGCACUACACCCUGCCUCAUCCUCACGUGCAGCACGGCCAACAGCCGCAGGUCUACCACUGCACCAAGAGGAAAGUGGAGGACAACUGCCCUUCAGGAAACCGCCAGCACCAGUACAAGAAACCCUUCACUGGUAGCGCACCAAGUGAGGGCGAGUCUUACUAUCACCCCUCCUCCUACCCUCCUCCUCCACCUGGUCUAUCCAACAACACUGCCCUGGGUCUCACUGACUCCCCCUACAGCUCAGACAUUGGACAGCGUCAGGCGUGCAUGUUUGCCGGCUCAGAGUCCAGACUGGAUGAACUCAACUGUACAUCCUGGUCAUACACCUGUCCACUCCCCUCUGCCAUGACCCCCAUGGAACCCUACCCACCUUAUACCUCUCAUCCUCCCUACAGCUCCAGUCCUCAGGGCUCUCGACUCAGCGCCAUAGCCCACCAGAGCUCUCCGCCGCUGGGAGAACACAUAGCCCAUGACCCCUAUCAGAGCCAGAGCUCUGGACCUCCAUCUCAGAGCUCCCAAAACAUUCACAGCAGGCAGCUCAGCCCUCCUCUCAGAGAAUAUCCUCGCUACACGCCCAACCUGUCUCCUCCUCUAUACCACACACUAGAGACGCACACACACAUCAGGUGUGUAGUACCAGAAUGGAGUGCAGCCUCCUAACUGAACUAUAGAGGACGUACCUGAAAGACUGAUUAGUGGACAGAGAGUGUCAAACUCAAUGAACCUUCUCUCUGCUCUUCUUAAAGAUGCUGCACCGUAACCAGACUAAAUAUGAUAUUACCUUUGUAAAAUAAUUGUGAAAAGUGUGAUUUUGUGCUGUGUGAUGACCUUAAAAAAAAAAGCAGCACAAUCAAAGUUGUAGUUUAUCAUCUUUUCAUAACUCAAAGACUGUUGUCAUCCAAAUGUUUGCACUGUGAGUCCUGUUAAGACCAGACCGUGGACAGCACUAGGCUGUUUUUCUCUCAAUGACUCCCACUCUUUGCAUUGUCAAGGAUGUAAAUCGUGACCCAUUGUCCGACAGGCAGUAACAUUUACUGACCAAAAUAAUCUCAGUUCUCACAGAAGCCUGAGGGAGCCAUUUUUUCUCUUUAGUGGAGCAAAACACAGCUCCAUGCUCAGUCUCAGUGAAGGAGAAAAGGCAUGAGUUGCCUGUCUGUGUGUGUGUGUGUGUGUGUGUGUGUGUGUGUGUGUGUGUGUGUGUGUGUGUGUGUGUGUGUGUGUGUGUGUGUGUGUGUGUGUGUGUGUGUUUGUGUACGUGUGUGUGUGUACGUGUGUGUUUGUAUGUAAAGCCUAUGUCAGCUCAGCUCAAGGAUGCUAUGAGUUAAUUUCCAGUGAGACAGGCAGUAGUAGCUGCAGGCACUGCACCGUAGAGAUAAACAGUUUGUUUAGACCACACUACAGGCUGAAGGACCUGUAAACACCAUUUCCACUGCAUUCUGGGUAAAUGCACAACUCAGUGUCACACGGCUGUCACCACUGUCCUCUCAGUCACCCCCAGAUGACCAAUCAACUUUCCCUGUUCACUGACAGCCAACCAAUGAGCACGUGCCUCUCUUUUACCCCCAACUGCCCAUACAGAGCAGGAGUGCAGCACAUUUCAUGUGUGCAUGUGAUGGCCCUUUUUCUUUUUGUUUCUGAAUUAUUCAUGAGUCCAGUGCUGAUCCUUGGAAUGCAAGGAUUGCUAAGCAAAGAAACACAUUGCUAUAAAUCUGACAAUGUUGAUGCACCAAUUCUUUAUUUGUCUCUUUAUUUUAAAUCUAAAUUGGUCCCUGUCAUAUCCAUACAGCAUUACUCCGUGAAUUGCUUUGACUAGACUGGUUUAAGAUAAUUUCCCUGCAGAAGUGGGUAUUACUUUCAUCCUUAUAGCUAACUGUAAAGAAACAUUUGUGGCUCCCUUUGUACAAAAUAGACGCAAGCUGAAAUUUUGGUUUAUUUUUGUGUAAUGAAGCAGUUUUCAUAUUUGUGCCCAGGUGUUAUACAUGCAGUAAUAUGUGAGAAGGUGCUCUAACAUUGCAAACCAUCAGUAUACAGAGAGCAGAUCCUCAUCAUUCCUUGAUAUGUAUUUGAUUUGUAUGUGAGUAUGUGUGUGACAGUGAGAUGUAAAGAUGAAAUUGUUUGUGUUUUAUAGCCUUUUUCCUGCUAAUAGUAUUUAUUACUCUAGAUUUGUAAAGAUUACUUUGUUGUUAACUUGUGAAACAAGAUGGUAUUGUUCAGAGAUAUUUGUUUCUCUUUGAAGGUUUGUUUCUGGUUUCACCCUCGAUCUCCAAAUGGUGAUAAAUAGUUGUGAUGAAAUUUUCUGUUCUAUGGAAAUAAAGACAGAUUUAUAUACGGCAGUGGAAUAAAUUUUAGAGAAUUUUGCGCAAGUCAAUGGGUUGUAGUGUUCUUCUUUGUGAUUAGACAACAAACACAGCAGAGACAAACUAUUAACAUUCCCAGUGGGUUAUUUAAAGUACGUUCAGCACCUUGGGAGUGGAAACUCUUUUAAGUGCAGUGCAGUUUAUCAGUUUCUAUGCAUGUAUGAAAAUGAAGGACCUGAUAGCAACACUAGCCUGCACUUUUUCCAAAAUGUAUGUUCCAAAAGUGCCCAACAAUUUCAUUCAACAAUGUAGAGAGUAUUGUUUAAAGUGUAACAGUGUCUGUUAUGUUGUCUUAUCAAGUAUAAGGGACCCCAGUGUCUCCAGCUCUUCCACUUAGCAGCGAAACCACCAAGAGUGGUGUGGGUGCUGGGGUGUUGUGCAUACCUUGUCCGCCUCCUCUUAUCUCUGACAGGUUGUUUGGCAUCUCCAGUCUUCACCAGCUGGACCCCCUCACUGACAACCUGCUGCCCAGAGAAGGGAGGGGUCUGCUGGGAUGGAGGACAAAGAAAGGUGGGGGUGUGUUGGUGGUCCCCCCUUUUCUAUUAGAUUCCCCUACAGGCUGCCAUGUUUCUGUGUCUCUCAAAGUAAAGUUAACCUCUUACACCUGCUCAGAGUUUACAACACACGUGUUUUGAAAGAACAGAUGGCUGCAACACAAAGAUUUAUAUGCAAAGGUUGUUAAAUCAUUAAACUUUUAACCCAGUG